AUGUUCAUCGGGGGACUGAACUGGGAGACUACGGAUCAAUCUCUGAAGGACUACUUUUCUCAGUUUGGAGAGGUACAGGAAUGCACUGUGAUGCGAGACAGUGCUACUGGUCGCUCUAGAGGUUUCGGUUUCUUGACUUUCAGAGAUCCCAAGACAGUGAACACUGUCAUGGUCAAGGAGCAUUACCUAGAUGGGAAGAUUAUCGAUCCUAAGCGUGCGAUCCCCCGUGAUGAGCAAGAGAAGACUAGCAAGAUCUUUGUUGGUGGUGUCAGCCAAGAGGCCAACGAACAUGAUUUCAAAGAGUUUUUUGCUCAAUUUGGCCGCGUCAUCGAUGCCACCCUGAUGAUCGACAAAGAUACUGGUCGUCCCCGUGGCUUCGGAUUUGUGACCUUCGAUAGCGAGGCUGCCGUCGAGGCCGCUCUCUCGGGCCCCUUGGAGAUUUGCGGAAAGCCCAUAGAGGUCAAGAAAGCUCAGCCAAGAGGUAACUUGCGUGAUGAAGAAGACCGCAGGUUCCGCCGCGGCAGGGACGCUUUCCGAGAGGGUGGUCAAAUGGGGGGUGAUGGCUCCCAGCAGCAAGCGGGUGCACCGGGACAGGCCAACAUGGCUGGUGGAUUAACACCGCAAAUGAUGGCACAGUACUGGCAAAGGAUGCAGCAGUAUUUUGCUCUGAUGCAACAGCAAAUGGCUGUCGCUGCCGCUCAGGGUCAGGGAAUGGGCGGAAUGGGAAUGGGUGGAAUGAACCCUGCUAUGAUGCAGCAGAUGCAACAAAUGAAACAGAUGCAACAGAUGCAGAUGGGCAACAAUCAGCCUCAAGGCAGUCUCAGUCCUCCUUCGCAGAGCGCAACUCCUCAAGCCAUGCCGAACAUGAUGAACCCCGCUAUGAUGCAGCAGAUGCAACAAAUGCAGCAGAUGCAGAGUCAGGGGCAGGGCAACAACGUCGGGGCCAUGCCGGCUCAAAUGGGAAAUGCUAUGGGUGCAGGAGGAGGCGGUGGUGGUGGCGGUGGAAGUAGUGGUGGUGGAGGAACACCAGGCAGUGCUAAUGGAAAUGGGAGCUUUACUGGUCCUCGAGGGGGGCCUGGUUAUAACGCCCAGGAACAAAUUGCUUUUGAACAGCAAAAGUAUGAGCAGCAGCAGGUACGCCGAGCCAUGGAGAACCGGGCCUUUUCGCCGUACCAGCAGGGCGGGCCCACUUCGUGGGAAGGCAUGUACGAUGAAGUGCCCCAGCCUAACAUCCCUACUGGACCCCAGGCCAUGAAUCGUGCUGGAAGCAUGGGACGCGGACCCACUCCCCAACCUCAAAGCGCUGCCCCGGCAAACGCUCCCACAGGACCCAAGAACGCCGGAAAACCAGGCGCCAACUAUCGUGGAGGAGGACGAGGAGGACACCGAGGCUUCCAUCCCUAUUCCCGGGGAUAG